AAGUGUACUUAAAUUAAGUUGGGGGGGGGGCGGUGAAGAAUACGAAACAGUUAUUGCAGUUAUCUGUGUAUAUAUCAAGCGAUUAAGAAUAAUGAUAAUGGUCAAUGAUGUUUGGGAAGGAUGUGAUUUUUCAUCUUUUUUUCCCCCAUAUUCUCUGCUGGUCUUGUUUUCCACUUUUUAAAAGAAAAUUUGGGGCUUUUUUUAAUUAAAAAAAAUGUUUUAUAGAAAACUGAGUGCUCCUCUCUGAAAUUAAACUAGGACUUUAAUGCAUUUUAAUUUCUAAUUAUCAACAUCUACCGUUUUCUUUGGCAGUCAAAUGGCUUUUUCUUUGCUGUUAUACUGUUAUAACAAUAUUGUUUUCCGUGUUUACAGGUUGUUUUCAUUUUGAUUUCCAUUAUUUUUAAACAUUUAUUAUUAUUAUUUUGCAGUACAAUGGGGUUGCAGCUUUGUCACUGGCUCUCUCUGUCUAUCUCUGUCUCCCUGUUUGACUACAGGUUAUUCUGAGUGUAUAUUACGUGACGACGAUGAGAGAUGAGAUGGGAUAAGAAAAGAUGAAAGAAUGCUUUCUUGCCAUGUUUUCAUUUCUCUGCAUGCGAGUGGAUCCGUAAUUAAUAUUUUAAUCCAGUCGUUGGGGAUCUAAGGCAGACAAGCCCGUUUGCUUGCAUAUCUGAAACCCAAAUAUGCAAACCUGUUAAACAGGAUAUGUGAUUGUAGAGCGUAUUACAUCGGUUAUAGGGCUAGGUGAUGAACUCACCGUGAAAAGCAAGAGAAUAAAUAUAGAUUAUUCAGUGUCGGGAAGGAUGCAUACUGCCUUAGCAUUCAUGAUCAUCAGUUUUCGAAUUUUAGUUCCCCUUUGAGUAUUCCCCUUUCAAACGUAAUGUUCUUUAUAUUUAAAUCUAGUUCGAAUUGCGAAUACACGCUCGACAAUAACGAAAUUACGCACUUUCCUGUAGUAUUGCGAAGGUAUUGUUAUGCUAUAUUUAGACCUUCCUCUCCGUAUUUUAAUUUUCUCUCAAUCUUAACCCUAUAAUGAAGACGGACUCUACUGCGGUGAGUGGAAUCAGCAGGGAAAAUAAAGUUUUUUGAUCAGCCAAAUGUCAAAGACGUGCAUAAACUGCAGAAACUCCUUUCAAAAAUCGCGCACACGCCCAAACACAAUUAACUCAGUUUCGAUUUCCAAGUCAACUGUUCGUCUCUGAAAGCCUGCGUAUUUUAACGAAUUGACAGGGACGGCUACAAUACAAGCUUGGCCAGACGCUUUACCUAAUCCAGAGUCCUAAGCAUUCCCAUUUUGGAUCCCACCAUGGUCAUUUCCAGUGAUAAGCCUGAAACACUGAAUGAAUUGAUCCACCUGGUAGACUCAGGAUUUGGUCGGCCCCGCCCCAGACAUGGGCUGAGGCUCCUCUAUUGGCUCGCCUGUGAAUGCAUCAGUUAUGACGGCAGUUUGGCGAUUCUCUUGUGCAUGCCCGAAAGAGGUGACUAUGGGUUUCACUACUUCGAGAAUCGAGAGAACAUUCUGCCUUCUCCAAAAGAGGAGUACUUCUACUACGAGGUAGGCAACCUCAAUAAGCCAAAUGCCCAGGCCUUGCCCUCCUACGUUUGGAAACACUACAACAGCAAUUGGGCUGACAGCAACAGUGACCGCAUCAUCCUCAGCGUGGGCCCCUGGAAUAUUAUUGACAGGAUAUACGUCACUGAGCACCAGGGAAAGGGGAGUUUUGACAGAGAGCGCACGUAUCGCAUCAGUAAAGGCCUGAUGAACAUAAUCAAGAACCUGGAGCUGUCCGAGUUUUUGCAUCAGAUAAGGGAGGGUCCAGGCAUUAGACAAACCAAUCAAGCCUACGCUCUCUCCACAGUGAGCAACAUGGCGUCCACUUCACAAACACCAUAUCACUCUACCAUAACUGUCCCUGAAUCCCCAAGACGAGAUCACUCUACCAUAACUGUCCCUGAAUCCCCAAGACGAGAUCACUCUACCAUAACUUUCCCUGAAUCCCCAAGACGAGCUCACUCUACCAUAAGAGUACCUGUCCCUGAGCCUCAUAGCCCACCUCAACCUAGCAGAGGAUUCUGGGAUUAUUGCACUAUACUCUGAGCUGUUCCACGUGCCUUUCUGGCAUCAUGGCACAUUCCAGUCCUCCGCAACUGUGUUACUGAGCAGCUUCUCAGCUGCUGGAGUCUUUGAAGGACAAUUCUUUAUUUUUUUAAGGCUUUCCUCAUAAACUCAAUAUCUACCACAAGCUUUCUCAUCUUCCUCAUUCUCAUUUUCCCACUACUCAUAUUCCUCCUGAUCCUACUGCUCUUCCUCCUUCCCCUGUCUUGUGUUUUCAGUGGUGGAGUGGUGAACUUUAUCCAGUUAUAACUGGCGAUCAUAAUAGGAGAGCUGGCGUAUGCUUUUAUUUUCUUUGUGUGUGUGUGUGCGCGUGCGUACGUACCUACGUACAUACGUACAUACAUUUGUCUGCACGCAGGGUUGUUCCCCUUUUUUAAAUUACCCAUUUUCAUUUUACUUAAGAUUUUUAAAAAUGUUCUUGAAUCAAUCCUGUACAAAGACCAUUUUUAAAAUGGUCUUUCAACUACUUCUUUGAUAUUGUGUUGUAAAGCGAUUUCAGCACUUGAUGAAUGGAAUUUAAAGUAAAUUUGUAUUUAAUCAAAUUUUAGCACACCUCUGGAUUGAUUUAAAGAAAUAAACAUAUUAUUUGUCCAUUAAAAAAAAUCACCAUUGUAUU